AUGAGAAAUGAAGCGUACGAUCCAGAACGACCAGAUCUGUUUAUAAGAGCGCCAAGGAGGUGGGAUCAACCCCCUGCAGUCGAAAAUUUAGGAGAAAUUCCGAAUGAUUUGAUAAACGAGGAAUUAGUGCAGGAGGCUUUAAUAGUGCCAAUUCAGCCCGUUCCACUCGUCAACGAUUCGAAUGAAGCUGUAGGCAAUUACAUCCGCACCCACACUCGGUCACAGUUGAUUAUGAGAACACCACCGGUUGGUCUAAUAGAUAAACCAUUACCUGUGCUGGAAGAAGUACCGUUACCAGCGCCCCGACGCCGCAUUGCACACAUUCCGCGGCAAUUGCCACCAGUGUCAGCAGCAGUGCCAGCACCAGUACGAGCACCGCGGCAAUUGCCACCAGUGUCAGCAGCAGUGCCAGCACCGAGAGCUACUCCAGCACCAGUACGAGCACCGCGGCAAUUGCCACCAGUGCCAGCACCGCGACAAUUGCCACCAGUGUCAGCAGCAGUGCCAGCACCGAGAGCUACUCCAGCACUAGUACGAGCACCGCGGCAAUUGCCACCAGUGCCAGCACCGCGGCGUGCGAUUCAAAUUAAUGCUCGUCCCCUUCGAGGAAAUAGAGGUCGUCGUUUGUCAAAGUUGCAGCAUGAAGGUAACGAGGUGCCAUUCCCCGCAACUCCUCCAGGGCCGACCCAGUCACCGUGGCACCAGGUGGUGAAUCCGCUACCACCUUCGGCGGAAGUCGGGACGCCACCGCAGUCACCUCUGCAUGAGAUGGCACUCCAGUGGCGUCCAUUUUCACCGCCGUGGAUGCUGGUGGAGAGGCCGCCGACACCACUGCCCAGGUCACCGACACCUCAACCUAGGAUGGAAUCGGAGUCUCCCCCACCUUUUAUUCAGUUGGGGCCUCCGAGCCCAGGUAUAAGAAUUUUAGUUUGUGCAGAGAUGAAGCGUAAGGCGAAGACCACCGAUGGACCACGUAAGCAUCCAAAUUACGGUACAAUCCUAGAUGAGAGUGACGUAACUGUUACUCUCAUCAAGGAGGCUCUAGAGUUGAUUCCUCUUUUAGACGACGUCAAUUUAAGACGUUCAUUCGUUGAGAUGGGUUGUAGAAUGCUCACCACAACAUGA